CGACUGGUCACCCCCGAGGAGCUGCGCCGCCACGACGGGAUCCAGGAGCCCACCCUGUGGCUCGCCAUCCUCGGCGAGGUCUUCGACGUGACGAAGGGCGAGCGACACUACGGCGCGCAGGGCGGGUACGCCGGUUUCGUCGCAAAGGAUGGCACCCGCGCGUUUCACACCGGCCGCUUCGACACCGCCGAAGGUCUCACCCCGGACGUCUCGGGGCUCCCGGACGCGGCGCUGUUGGCGCUGCGCGAGUGGGCUGACUUUUACGCCCGCGACUACGCGCGCGUGGGGAGGCUCGCCCCGGGGCACUACCACGACGAGCGAGGCGAGCCGACGCCCGCCAGGUUAGAUUUCGACGCCGCCGUGGAACGCGCUCGGACGGAAAAGGCGAGCGCCGCGGCGAACGACGAACGAUUUCCCGCGUGUCGCGCCAGGUGGAGCCAGGACACCGGCGGCGAGGUGUGGUGCGAGCGCGACGCGGGGUACCCGAGGAAGGAGCUGACGCACGGUUCGAACGGUAAACCCAGGGUUCGGUGCGCGUGCUUCCCAGACGAAGGAUUUUCAGACAACAGGCAGUUGUACCCGGGGUGCGCGAGCAACGCUCGGCGGUGC